AUUGCGAAUUGCAAGCAGUUGCGAAUAGUUGCGAAUAGUUACGAAUUGACAAAUGUGAAAUCACGAAUAACACGUUAAGUGCAAACAACUAUAAGUAAAAUAAAAGUACAGUCUCUUAAAUUAUGGAAAAUUUGAUUCAGGAAGAUUGGAUAACUAAUACCCAAAACAAUUUGUUAAAACAUACUGUAGAAGUAGUUUAUAAUUAUUUAUAUAAUGAAAGAAAAAGAAAAGCUCUAGCAGCGUUAUGUACUAUUUUGCACUUAAAGAAGAAAAGGAAAUACCGUAAAAAGAAAUAUUGGGUUGCUCCGCUUUUUAAAGAAAGAAAAGUCCAUGGAUUUUAUCAUGCUAUUUUGCCUAUACUUAGAUUAGAAGAUUUAAGAUUUUGUAAUUAUGUUAGAAUGUCAGCAACGCAACUGGAAAAUUUGUUAGUUUUAAUUGGCCAUGAUAUUUAUAAACAAAGUUAUAUUAGAGAAAGUAUUGGUGUUUCUGAACGUCUUCUUUUGACUUUAAGAUUUCUUGCUUCUGGAGAUUCCAUCUCCUCAAUGUCUUAUCAAUAUUUAGUUGGUGUUACAACUGCUGCAAAUAUUAUUUCUGAAACCUGUCAAGCUUUAUGGGAUAAUUUGUUGCCAAUUGUUAUGACAAUGGAAUUGAGUCAUGAAAACUGGUAUAAAAUUUCUGAAUGUUUUUCAAAUAAAUGGAAUUUUCCUCAUUGCGUAGGUGCCAUUGACGGUAAACAUAUUAUUAUCCAAUGUCCAGCUAAAGCGGGGUCAUCCUUUUACAAUUAUAAAAGUACUCAUAGCAUUGUUCUUCUUGCUAUAUGCGAUGCAAAUUACAUGUUUUUGUUUGUGGAUAUAGGAGCAUAUGGCAGAAGAAGUGACGGAGGGAUUUUUAAAGAAUCUGAAAUGGGUAAAAGAUUUGAAAAUAAUGACAUGCAACUUCCACCACUUGCAUCUAUUUGUGAAAAUGGAGACAGUCUCCCUUAUUGUAUUGUUGGAGAUGAAGCAUUUCCUCUGAAGCCUUACUUAUUAAGACCAUAUCCAGGGAAAUACAGUGUCGAACAUGAUAAACGUAUUUUUAACUAUCGUUUAGGAAGAGCUAGAAGAGUUAUUGAAAAUACUUUUGGAAUUUUGGCUAGCAGAUGGCGUAUUUUCCGAAAACCUAUUAUACUGAGUGUGGAAAAUAGCAUGAAAAUCGUUCAAGCGUGUGUAUGUCUACACAAUUGGUUACGGAUGGCAGAUUUACUUGAAGAAGAAAACAUACAAUAUAUAACAGAAGACAUAAUUGACCAUGAAGCUGAAGAUGGCUUUGCACUUGCUUUUCGAAGGACAGAAUUAGAAAAUUCAACAGCUUUUAGAGAAAUGACUAAUGCAGGAAACAACUCCAGUACUAGAGAAGCAGUAGAAAUUAGAGAAAAGUUUAAACAUUAUUUUAAUAAUGACGGAGCCGUUGAAUGGCAAGAAAAUAAUAUUUAAACCUAUAUAUUCAAAUUUUAUUUUGUAUUUGCGUACGACUAUUUUUUUGAUUAAAAUAUAUUUUUUAG